AAAAAAGAAAAGAAAGAAAAGAAAACACUGCACGGGAUCAGCUCAAUUUUUCUCUUCUCUAGCGCCAUUCUUCUGUUCUAUUUCAGUGUGGCAUUCCGUUUCCCUCUCUUUUUGUCUCUUCUCCCUUCAUUUCCUGCUGUUGGUUCUGCGGGGAAGAGAGAGAGGGUUUCUUCACACUAACCUAGCUCAGACAACCGCGCGAUAUCACGAUAUAUUUUAUUUAUUUCCAUUUCGCUCUUCUCUACGUGGCACCAACACGCAAUAUCUCUGCAAUUGAUGCGGCUUCUUCUCUCCUCGCGCUCCUAGAGCUCUGGUGUUGUGUGUGAGAGAGUGUGUGUCUGUCGUGUAUACAUGGUGUCCCUCAUAACCUCUCUCUCUCUCUCUCUCUCCCUCUCUCUCUCCUCUCAAUCUCCCUUAUACUAGUUGAUCUCUUUAGCCCCACCGCCUAAAUAUUUUUUAUAUACUCCGUACUGCCUCCUCCCCUUUCUCUCCCCUCCAACUCCUGAGGACCCUCUAUCUCCCCCUCCCCUCCCCUCUUCCUAAUCAAUCCAUAUGACCAAACCCAAAACAAUCGCCAUCGUCAAUGCCUCCGGCCGCCAAGCCGCCUCCCUCAUCCGCGUCGCCUCGGCCGUCGGCUACCGCGUCCGCGCCCAAAUCCAUACCCUCGAAGGCGUCAUUCCGCAGGAACUCGCCAGUCUCCCCAACGUAACCCUCUUCAAGGGGCCCCUCCUCAACAAUGCCCCCCUAAUAACAACCCUCUUCGACGGCGCAAACCUCGCCUUCAUAAAUACCACCUCGCAGGCUGGCGAUGAGGUCGCCAUCGGCCGCGAUCUCGCCGACGCCGCCAAACGCGCCGGCUCCAUCACCCACUACAUCUACAGCUCCAUGCCGGACCAUGCCGCCUACAACCCCUCCCGCUGGAUCUCCCUGCCCCUCUGGAGCUGCAAGUUUGCCGUCGAGAACUACGUGCGCCAGCUGGGAUUGCCGGCCACGUUUGUCUAUGCGGGCAUCUACAAUAAUAACUUCACGAGCCUGCCGUACCCGCUCUUCCAGAUGGAGCUGUUGGAGAAUGGCUCGUUUGAGUGGCGCGCCCCGUUCCAUCCAGAUAUCCCGCUCCCCUGGCUCGAUGCGGAACAUGAUGUAGGACCUGCUGUGUUGCAGAUUUUCAAGGAUGGACCGAAGAAGUGGAACGGACAUCGCAUCGCCCUCUCCUUCGAAACCCUAACUCCCAACCAAGUCUGCGCCGCCUUCUCCCGCGCCCUCCGCCGCCCAUGCGUCUACACCCACUCUCCCAAAAUCGACAUCAAAGUCUCCAUCCCCGCCGGCUACCGCGAGCACCUCGAGGGCAUAGAGGUGCUGUUCGGCCAGAUGCAGGCGCCCUAUUUCCCCCAGCCGGAAUUUAUCAACGCUGGCCACGACCAGGGUCAGAACCACGUACACACUCCUAUCUCCACCGUAGCGACACCGACGACGGCGAUGACGAAGAAGAUUGCGAUGAUGAAGGGGACUGGUAUAGGUGUAGGGCAGAAACAGGGGCACGGUACGGGGAAGGGACCUGGGGAGCCGUAUGGGGGUAACCGGUCUCUGGGGCUUGUGGAUGAGGCGAGGGGUUUGUGGGAAGGGUGGAGGGAUAUGGAGGAGUAUGCGCGGGAGGUUUUCCCGGUAGAGGAGGAGGCGAAUGGGUUGGAUUGGAUGAUUUGAACUUUUUAGGGGACUGGCCAGGAUGGGAUGGUACGGUAUGGUAUGAGAGGAUGAGAGCAUGAGCCAUGAGGCUAUGAGAUAUGAUAUGACAUAUUGGGGAUAUUGAAUGGCUUGCAAAGGAGGGGUGUGUGCGUGUGAUGGGGUUUGAAUAAGUUGAGAACGGGUAUAUCCUACGUUUUUUUUUUU